AUGCAGUUCCUCGUUUGGACUGUGUGCGCUCUUGUGGCCUGCGUUGCCUACGCUGAGGAAGCUGUCAAGAAUGAAAAAGUCGAAGGACGUGGAGGCCUUCUGGGCGGUGGUCUCGGAGUCGGCGGCUACGGUACAGCUGUGGGACCCGGCCUCGAUGGUGCUGGUCUCGGCGGUGUAGGAUUCGGAUCGGCCGGUAUUGGAGGUGCUGGUCUUGGUAGCGUAGGUAUCGGAGCAGCUGGUCUCGCUGGCCAUGUAGGAGCCGGCUACGCCAGCCCAGUAGUAGCUGGCACCAGUCUCAUUGGAACCGGUGGUCUUGGCUAUGGAAGUGGUGGUGGCCUUGGUUAUGGCAAAGGUUUCCAGUCUGUCUAUGGCUCUUCGGCUGGCGGCCAGCAGGGCGGCUACCAGGGUGGUGCUGCCGGGCACGACCAGGCAACCGUAGGCUUUGGUGGUGGUGCUGCCCACAGGAACGUAAAUGCCUACAACAACAACCAGGGAUACAGCCACAUCUCAGGAUUCUCGGCCGUCGAUGGUAACAACUUCGGUUCCGGUCAGAAGCAGGGCUCUGCUAAAUUUGGAAGCGGAGCUGCUGUAAACCAGGGAGGAUAUAGACAGUCAACGUUCGGCCAGAACGCCGGUUCUGGGUUCGGCGGAGGAUACCUCGGUUAA